AUGACAGAUAGAAGGCGCAUAAACGGCCCAGCUGGCGGGACCCGGGCACCGGUGUUUGUUUCCUGCUCAGACCCUGGGGACAAGUCGCAGUCGACAGCCUUUGAACGCCCUCCUCGCACCAGAACGGCGAGAGAGCUGCGAAAAAUAUACUUGAAAACGGGGGUCGUACCGUCAGCGUCUGGGUCAGCGUAUUUUGAGCUUCAUCCUUCUAACGCUUCGGCCGGCAAAUCUCUCAUCCCACCAUCUUCUUCUCUAAAGUUGAUAUGCUCCGUCAAUGGGCCAAAACCACUCCCUCGAUCUACUCCGUUCUCUCCAAACCUUCUGCUAUCUGCACAUGUCAAAUUUGCUCCGUUUGCUGCCCGACGACGGAGGGCUCAUAUACGUGACAUGAACGAAAGAGACUUAGGGGUACACCUUGAAAAUGCGCUUCGGGGUGCUAUAAUUGGUGACCGGUGGCCUAAGAGUGGCCUCGAUAUCACGAUAAUGAUAUUAGAAGGGGAAGAUGAUCGCUGGUGGGGUGAUAUGUUGACUGCAGAAUCGUUGACUGGAUCUGAUGGGUGGGGGAUGAUGAAUGUCCUUGCCCACUGUGUCACUGUGGCUUCUGCGGCUAUUGCUGAUGCGAGAAUCGACUGUUUGGAUCUUGUUGCUGGAGGUGUUGCCGCCAUUGUUGAAGAUUCGGGCUCGAAUGAGGAAGCCAAAACGUCGACACAGACACUGGUACUUGACCCUGAUCCUUCUGAGCAUCUGAACAUUUCCUCUGCAUGUGUCGUGGGCUAUAUGCCAUCUCUGGAUGAGAUUACAGAAUUGUGGCUAAAGGGAGACCUGCCGGGCACGGGCUCGAACGGGCUUAACGCUUCCCUUGGCCACGAUGCUCUGAUGGAUGGCGCUAUUGCUGCCGCAAAGGCCUCUCAUACCGUGCUUAUAGAAGCAGUCAAGGAGUCCGCAGAGCAAGCCGCCAACCAGUCAACAAAGAUACCUCACAAUGACAAUAAGAGCGAGAUGGAAAUGUGA